CUCGCGCCGGCCGCGACAAGUGGCGCCCGAACAGGGACUCGAGACAAAGUGAAAGAAGAAGUGUUUACGUUACAGGAUGAAGAAGCGCCGUGCUGGGUUCCAGCCAAAUUUGUUAGAGAUAUCAAAACUGAGAAGGAAGAUGAGUCGGCUGAACUUAUGCCCUCCUCGGAGAAAGAGGACUUGUAAGACGAAUCUGCCAUCAUGGGGACAAAUAAAGAAGUUAACCUCACAAGCCACAAGUUUGAUAAGAAGAUUGAUUUCAACACAAAGUUAUUCCUGGUGCAACAACCUCCAUAUUGGAUGAUCCCUGUUGAUGUGAGAGGACCUUGGUAUGCGAACUUUGGCAUGCAGUUAGCUCAAGAAUUGGUGAAGAAGCUAAGAAGAACUCGAAGAUUUCUUGGACUUUUAAUUGCAGGGAUAGUGGCUACUAUUGCUCUUAUUGCUUCUGCUACUGUAUCUGUUGUAUCUUUGCAUGAAAAUGCUCAGACCGCUGAACAUGUAAAUGAACUUGCUAGAAAUGUAACUGUUGCUCUUGAUGCUCAAAAGAGAAUUGAUGAAAAAAUUGAAGCGCAGAUUGAAGCUUUAAAAGAAGCCAUUUUAUAUCUUGGUGAUCAAUUUGUUGUACUAAAAACUAUAACCCAAUUGACUUGCCAUGACGCUUAUAAACAUAUUUGUGUUACCCCACUGCCUUUUAAUGGAUCAUGGGAAAAUGUACGUAUGCAUUUACAAGGAGUUUGGAAUCAUGCUAAUAUUAGUCUGGAUCUCUUAAAAUUACAAGAAAUAAACGUCAUUAGUCAAAGUAUGUUGCAUUAUGAAGACCCCGGCGAUUUAGCUGGUGAGAUCUUAAAUCAGUUAAAUGGUUUUAAUCCCUUCAAUUCAUUGAAAUAUUCCUUUUGGAUAUUUUUGGCAUUAAUAAUCGGAUUAAUUCUGAUGUAUGUAAUGUUUGCCUGCUCUUGCAAAAAAUUCAAUAAUCAAUUAAAUUCCUCUAAGGCACAACUUCACUUUUUGCAUUUGAAAAAUAUAGGGGGAGAUGUUGGGAGCGGUUUCCCGCAGUGCGAGGGCCUUAGGGGCCGCCCUCCAAUGUGGGGCUGUGGAAGUCUGCAGGCGCUGCUCACGGUCCUCCCACUGGGGUCGGGGUGUUUGGACCCCAGCCGGGAGGCCAGGCCCCACCCGGGAGACACGUCCACACUAACACAGUGGUCCGCGGGGAACAGGCAUCAGCGGCCACUCACUGGUGACCUGACGCUGUGUGAGCGCCUCCUCUUUAUGCACCGGGGUAAUGGGGGGAGAGUGGGAAGAGUUGGGGAAUUGGGAGAGGUGGGAGUUCUGGGUUAUGGGGAGGAGUGGGAGAGUUGGGGUACUGAGGAGAGUGGGAGGACUGAGCCACUGGGGAGAGCGGGAGAGUCGGGUCGCUGUGAGCCAGAUCCGGAGCCCGAGUGCUUCCGAAGGUCUGCGGACGCACAGUGA